CAAUCGCAUCACAACUGGAGUAGCUAGGUUAGUCUGUGCUGGCCUCACGAUUUGCCGGUGCUCGCCUCCAAGGCGGUCGGCAUGAAGCGCCAAGAGAGCAAAGACAGCGGCAAGAGCGCAGCUGAGAAAAUGGCUUUGGAGGCAGCGUUCGCGGAGGUCCUCAUGGGCCAAGCGGACGCAGCUCCUUUGCCCGCGCCGUGUGGUGCUCCGCCGCCCGAGAGGAGGGGUCGAGUCUUUAGCUUCACGGGCACCAGCGGCGCGCUGCCGAGCGGCACUGGGAGUCAUGGCUUCACUCCGCAGUCAUCACAGGGGGACGACGAGGAUGUCUCUCCGGCCUUUGGUCGGACCCGAGCGGUCCACCGCGGUCCACCGCGUCCCCCCGGAGGCAAUGUAUCUGGAUCUUUGGAAGAGCGCUUGCAACACAUCGAGGAAUUCCUUGCAAGGUCGCAUGAAGCGCAGAUGAUGAAGCAGCAAGAGCUGGAGGUGGCGAUCAGCGAAAAGUGUGGGGGCAUGAUGCAGCAGGUGUUGGACUCGAUGGUUCCUCAAGUGGUGGAAGGCCUACUGGACCGCCUGGCGCAGAGUUUAGACUUCAGCGAGUUAAGGGAUCAGCUCAUUGACGCCUUCAGUGCGUCAACUGAACUGAUUCCAUUGGUGGAAGAGAGAUCUGAGGCGAUUCUAUCCUUCGUCCAAGAGGAUCGUGGGGUCCGGAACCGCAUGUUUCAGGACUUCACACGGAUUGCUGCCUCGAUAGAAACAUUGGCUGCAAACUCCAAUUGGCAGAUACCCUUCCUUGAGAGGCUGGAAGAGCUGCAACGAAGUUUGGAGAUGAAGAGGUCGGAGUCUUUCCGUCCGGUGGAGUCCCUUCCCUGGUCGGCCAUGAACGCUCGCGGAGGUGCUGAGGAGCAGCAAAGCCUUCGAAGACCGCCCGUGGGUCCAGCGAAAGACAAGAGCAGACCUGAGAGGACCGCGAGUACCGAGGGCCUACUUGGCUUUCAAGCGGCUCUGCAACGGACAGACCGACGGCGGCCAGAGACGGCCGAGAGGACCCGCAGACCGACCUCGGGUGUGCGGAACACUGGCGAGCCCAUUUGGUACAGCUCAGCACGUGCGUCGCCGCCGACGGCGGCGGCGCCGUCUGCGCCGACGCCUCCGAGCUCGGAAGGUCUCGUUCCGACCGCUGGCAGUGGUGCCAGCCGCACGCCACGGAUACCGGCGCCUGCCGCCGCUUCCACGCCGCCUUCCUCGACGGCGGAGAGCGACAGCCCCAUGAGUCGGGCAAGUCCCGCGCCGGCCGCAACGCCAGCGCCCGCACCAGCCAUGAAUGGAAGACCGGACAGCGCGACGAUGCGGCACAAUGAGUGGCCGUGGCAGCCAAAGCCGCCGGCACAUGAAGAGGUUCCGGAAGAGGUCAUCAGUCCAGUGAUGCCUGUGAUGCCGGUGCCCAGCCCUUCGAGAUCGAAGCCUUCGGAUUUUUUCUCUGCACGCCAUAGCGAUCCGGCAGACACAAGAUGAGUCUGAAUUCAUCGCUUCAUUUCGCGUGUUUCCUCGAACACGGAAGCGCAACAUCGUGCAAC